UGCUGCGAGCGUAACAACAAGCAUGCACAUACAGCCUUCACCUCAGACUCCCAUCAACCCUUGCGACUCUAUUUAUAGUGCGAACCAUCUGCUGCCUGCUGCUCACUGCUAGCCGGCUAGGCUAACCUGAAGUUAAAGUUGUUGAGAUGUUGUGUGGACGCUGAUCUUGAUGUUUCCUGUGCAGCAGCCUGCACUCUGCUGCCACGUUUAGGUCACACGCUGGAUGACGACAGCUCUCUGAUCUGCUGACAAGCGAGUCUCACUUCCUCUGUUUUCACGGGACAGGUCUCUUCCUCCCACCGCCAGCAGAGAGAGGGACCAGACGACCUGACUGUCAUGUGCUGAGGAGGACCACUUAGUUGUGAGUCGUGUGUGUGUGUCUGACAGUAGCAGGAGUGAAGGCUGGAGUCAGGAUGGAGGUUCUGGGCAGAGCUGCAGUUAUCUGCAGCCUGAUGUUGUGUCUCGGCUGUUUGCACGUGAUCGCCCUCAAAUCCCAACUUUUCACCAGACUUGGUGGACUUCCUUCCUCCAGGGACCCCCCCAUCACCUAUGAAACAUUUUAUUUUGACCAGAAGAUUGAUCACUUUGGAUUCCUAGAAGAUGGCACCUUUAAACAGCGAUACCUCGUGGCUGACAAACACUGGAAGCAUCCUGGAGGACCGGUUCUGUUCUACACUGGGAAUGAAGGCGACAUCACCUGGUUCUGCAACAAUACAGGCUUCAUGUGGGAAAUUGCGGAGGAGUUGGGCGCCAUGCUGGUUUUUGCAGAACAUCGUUACUAUGGAGAGUCGCUGCCAUUUGGACCAGACUCUUACAGUGACAGCAAACACCUGAACUACCUGACCUCUGAGCAGGCCCUGGCAGAUUUUGCAGUGCUGAUCCAGAACCUGAAGAGCACUGUACCUGGAGCUCAGCACAGCCCUGUUAUCGCCAUCGGAGGUUCCUAUGGAGGGAUGCUCUCCGCCUGGUUCAGGAUGAAAUACCCCAAUAUAGUUGUUGGAGCUCUGGCAGCCUCCGCACCAAUAUGGCAGUUCCCUGGUAUGGUGCCAUGUGGAGACUUCUACAAAAUAGUAACACAGGACUUUGCCAAAAGUGGAUUUAACUGUGAUGCAAGCAUCAGAAAGUCAUGGAAUGCUAUUAAAAAUGUCUCUUCUACUGCAUCUGGUCUUCAGUGGCUCUCAGAGGAAUUCAGUCUGUGCACUCCUCUUAAAAACAGCAUUGAUGUCAUCAGCUUCAAGAACUGGCUUCAGGAGACUUGGGUGAAUCUGGCGAUGGUGGACUAUCCCUACGAAGCAAACUUUCUUCAGCCUCUUCCUCGCUGGCCGAUCCAGGAGGUGUGCAAGUAUCUCGCUUUCGAUUCCGCUGUGUCUGACUACCAGCUGCUGCACGGCGUCUCCCAAGCAGCGAAGGUCUACUACAACUACACGGGAAGCUCCUCCUGUCUCAACACAUCUCAGACAGCGACGGGCAGCCUCGGUUUCCUCGGCUGGUAUUACCAGGCCUGCACAGAGAUGGUGAUGCCCAUGUGCACAGAUGGCGUCCAGGACAUGUUUGAACCUGAGGAGUGGAACUUCCAGGCCUUCUCUGAUGGAUGUAACACCUUGUUUGGCGUCAGGCCACGAGCGGAGUGGGCAGGCACCGUGUACGGGGGGAAGGACAUCGCCUCUCACAGCAACAUCAUCUUCAGUAAUGGAGGCCUGGAUCCAUGGUCAGCUGGUGGAGUGACGUACAAUAUAACAGAUUCCCUGGUUUCCAUCAUGAUUCCUGACGGAGCUCAUCACUUGGACCUGCGCUACAGCAACGACCUCGACACACCAUCAGUCCGCGCAGCCCGGGCGUUAGAGGUGAAGUAUUUUCGACAGUGGAUCAAUCAGGCAAAAACGACACCUCAAACUGCACCAACCCUCUAAUGUCAUGCAGCCGGGACAUCCACAUUAUUGAGGAUUGCGUAGCUUUAAUUUGCAUGACAUUGUUUUUCACAGGGUGCUCUCUCCGUCAAUAUGCCAAAGUUUGUCCCCGCUCAGUGCUGUAAACUCCUACAUUUCUAUUUAAAAUGUUCAAGUUUGCUUUUGAUAUUAUUACAAUGAGGGUAUUCACUUCAGAGUGUUGCUGUGUUCCAUUUUGGAGAAUCAAACUACAAAUUCUUUGACAAAAUCAAGCACUCCAUUCUUUGAAGCCAGACUAUGGGUUUCCAAGGACUUUGAGACAGAAUGGUACUGUAUUAUGAGCAAAAGUGUGAUGGGUUUGUCAAAAGCUCUUUGUUUUAAUCCCUUAUGUAAAGUUUGCCAGAAACCACGAAGGCCUCGCUCUCUCCAGGCUUGUGUUUUUCUUAUGUCAGUCAGUGUAACAAUCAGGGACACAUUCAGAGUUAAUCUCAUCUUUAAAUAUCAUGUCUGUCAUUUAGUUUCAUCAUUACAAACUGACACCCCUCAAGUUUUCUUGGUUUUUGCCUUGUUAAUCAGCCAUUACUGUCAUGUUGCUGUAAAACCUUCUUAGCACUUGAAUAACUCAGGAGAAAAGUUUGGCACCAAAUAUCCAAUUUUUUGAAAAUGCCCUCUGCACUGCCUUUGAUAUUAAACUUGAUUUGUUCCAGAAGAACAGUGGCUUUCUCACUUCUUAAGUUUUCUAUUCAUGUUUUUAAAUGACCAAGAAACUGUCCUUCCAGUGAAACUGAUUAAAAAGCUACAAAUAACAUCA